CUUCCGCCUCGAGCAUGGCCAGGCGGACUGAGCUGGAGACGGAGGCAGGCCCGAGUACCAUUCUGUGUGCUCGUACUUGUUAUAGUGAGAAUCGGGCCCGUUUUACUUUUUCGCCUCUUCUCUCUCCCCUUGGGUUGGCUUGGGGGUGCGGAAGUUGAUGAUGAUGUGAUCAGUCUUUGUUUCUUGGGGGCUGGGUUAAGGGUCAGGAAGGUACUCGCACUCUGCUCGAGUACCGGUAUUGUGUCGUGUUUGAACUCGAGAUCGGUAUACGGACACUGUAUGGUAAGUGAGAAGGACCGCCCGCCGUGAACAAUUUGGAGGAUGGUUUACUUUACUGUGGCUGGACCCCUGUAGUACCGGUAUGAUACCUUAUACUUCCGUCCUUGCCUUGUUCCUAGAAAUGAUUUGGCUCUAUGGAUGAGCGGGUGGGCGAUGAAUGAUGGGGGGAGGGGGCAGGGGGUUUCUUUCUUGUCCGCUUGUGGAUCCGGGUUAGUGGGUGUGUGGUAAGGGUUGAGUGGUGUAAGCCAUCUAUGACACUAUAGAAAUGGCACAUUACGCCCUUAUUCCCCGUGUCUACCUUUUAUUUCCAUGGCUCUUGUCCUUCUUGUCUCCCUUUUGUUUGCCUCUUUCUUGAAAUUCAAUUCUUUUCCCACUCGUUCCCUGGUCUUGACUUCUUGGGGUUCUGGGUAGUAUGCAGAAGGAUUGAUAACCUCCUCCCCUCUCCUCUUCCCCUCCACACACACACACACAAACACUUGACAAAUUCCUUCCAUCCACCGAGUCUGUUCGUUUCAUUUUGCAGUUAGGUCUUUGCCCACGAUACGUCCACCGCACAAAGAAAGCGGCUACUACACACAUUCCCUAUACCAUUCGCUACCAAACAAUUAGAGCCAACCACCCGCCCACCCUCAUAGAGAGAGAGAAAAAAAGAUGUCGGACCUUUAUGGAACCACCUCCAAAAAAUCCCUAAUUGCUGCACUCGCCAUUGCGGGCGUCAUUGUCUUCCUCUUUCUUGUCGGCCUGGGAGUGAUGCUGUGGUGCUACUUCCGUGCGAAACCCGGCUCGCAAAUUGACGCCUUAUACCCGCGCGACGUGGAGUCUACCAGGACAUUUAUUCCUUCCUCAACCACUGCCAUUGCUGGUUGGAAUGAGAAGGCCCCGUCGACAGCCACCGGUUCCAGCGAGGGGAGUUUGGAGGAGGGGAGUUUGGAGGGUGGGCGUGGAGGGGGGCAGAAUGUGGAGGCCCCGCAGGUAGCGAUGUCUAGGCAUUCCAGUGCCUCGGAUACGAGCCAGAAUUUAAACGGGUUGAGGCCGGUCGAGCCUGCUGCGAUUGUUAGGUAGUUGCAGCCGCGCUACGUAUCUACGGUUGAAGGAUGGAUGGUCUAGAUAUUGCCAGCAGAUAGACACUAGUUUUCUUCUCAAUUUCUUUCCUUUCCUUUUCAAAAAUUUCUUUUUCCCCAAAAGAGAACAGACUCUCAUUUACGAAGUCAUGAGGUGGGGAGGGAUGGGUACUGCAUAGAAAGCAUACUUGCAUACUGGCGUUUUUUAAGGGAUUUUCCGGGUUUCAUUUUUUUCAUAUGUCUUUGGGUGGAUAUAUUGGGGGAAGGAGAGGGAGGAGUAAGGAGGUCUGUUGGGAGUGGUAAUCGUAGUGCACACUGUACAGUACACUUCGGGGGGGGGUUUUUUUCUUUUCAUUUUGUAUUCAUAUAUAGCAUAAGACUUGGGAAGUGGUAUAUACAUAUAUUUUCUUUCUUCCAUUCAUUGCA